AUUAUUGGACGACGUACACAUUCAUUCCACUCAAAGUGACAAACACCGAUCUUUGUCGCUAAAAGACUUAGUCUCAAGAGAAGAAUAAGAACCGGGUGGAUAGAGAGAAAGAUAAGGAAAGAAAAAAGUUUUCGUCAGGAUGGCUGCCGGACUAUUUCAUGUUGCUCUUAUAUGUGUGUGCCUUUUUACAACCGCGACCGCAGAAAAGUCACCGGCCAAAUCAAAGGAUCCGUGUGAGAGGGUUUUCUGCACUAAAGGACGUAUGUGUGUUGUAAACGAGGAUCGAUCUACUACUUGUGUGUGUCCAGAAUCUUGUCCUGAGGAGUAUAAUCCUGUCUGCAGUGUGUACCGAACGGAAUUCAACAAUAAUUGCGAACUGCACAAGUUUGCUUGUCGACUUGGCGUUAUGGUUGGAAUUGAACGACAGGGAAAAUGUGAUAGCGAAGGAGACAAGUGGAAGUGGGGCCCAUGCUCAACCUCCAGCCUUCAGCAGUUCCAUGAUCGAUAUCUUGAAUAUCUGAUGUUUGCACGAGAGAAGGAGUUGGAUCCAGAUUUCCCAACUGGGUCGAAAAGACUGGAUUCGCUGACAUAUGAGGAACGGAAAGCAAUUAUCGAGUGGGAAUUUUAUGGUAUGGACAAGAACCACAAUGACAUUCUCGACAAAGAGGAAAUCGAAUUAAUGAUCGACCCGAACGAAGACUGCAUGGUUGGAUUCAUGAAGUCAUGUGACUAUGAUCAUAAACCGGGCAUUAGUAGGAAGGAAUGGAACGAAUGCUUCCCACCAAUCAGUACUGAAGUGAACCAGGACGCUAUGGACUUCUAAUGAAAUAAGUACCAGGUGUCAGGAGGAGUCUUCAAAAUACUUGAUAUCGUUUUUAUUUCUUCAGAUGUCUCUUCUAGUUCAUUUGUAAAACCUCAUUAAUCAAGAAUGCAUCGAUUAAAAUGAUCUUCUUUGCUUCCCGCAAA